AUGACGAUGGAAAGAUCAAUUACAGCUUUCCCGUUUGCGCUUUUUGCUUCUUUAGCUUCAGCACUAGUCCUUGCGGUUCAAGCCCAACCAGGUUUUAUCAGCAUCGAUUGUGGGGCACCCAAUGAAUACACCGACGAGAACACUAAUAUAACAUACAAAAUGGAUGAUGGGUUCAUAAGCUCUGGAAAAAACAUGCAGACAUUGAUGUGGUAUGAAAAUAAUCUACAGUUGAACACUGAUCAGCCUCCUUUAUUUGACCUAUACAUCGAUGUUAAUUAUUGGGCCACGGUGGACUUCUCCUUUCAUAUUAUCAAAGAGAUCAUUUAUGUGCCCAAGGCAGAUGAUAUACGAGUGUGUCUUGUGAACACUGGCAAUGGAGUGCCCUUUAUUUCGGCAUUGGAACUAAGAGCUUUGGAGGAUGACAUCUAUCCAUUGGGAUCUGGGUUCUUGCAAGUCCGUAAGCGGUACAACCUGGGACGAACCUCGGCGGCAGAUAGAUUCAGGUACCCUCACGAUGUUUAUGAUCGAUUGUGGCCAUUUAGGAACUUCCGUAACUGGUCCAUACUGAACACCACAUCUGCGAUUGAUUUAUCUAACAAUAGUAAUGCUUAUAAGGUUCCCGACAAAGUUCUUCAGACCGCUCAAGGGACAAUGAGUUUAAGUUCUCCCUUGUAUUUACAGUGGACAGUAGAUUCACCGCCGACCAAUGAUGCGGUAUCAUUACCAAGGGCACCACCAAAGAUAUGGAUUGUGUACUUACAUUUCAUGGAGAUUGAGAGACUGAGUGGUCCACAGAGGGAGUUCACAAUUUCCAUUAACGAUAAUCAAUUCAUGGAGACCGUGAGCCUUGAAUACUUAAAGCCAGUGGUUGUAGUUUCUCCUCCAGUUAGUGGGCCGCUCAUCACCCUCUCGAUUAGUUCGACGAGUAAGUCUGGAAAUCCACCAAUCCUCAAUGCCAUGGAGGUCUAUAAUGUUGUUGAUCUUACAAAUGUACCCACAGCAAAAGAUGAUGAAUCUAGUGAGAGGGCACUGAAAUUAAAGAAUCGACCUUUUGAGUAUGGAGAGAUCUCAAAAAUCACUCAAAACUUUGGACAAGUGAUUGGUAAAGGUGGAUUUGGAAAGGUAUAUCUUGGCACACUAGAUAAUGACACCAUAGUUGCUGUGAAGAUACUCUCCGAAUCAUCAGAACAAGGGUACAAGGAAUUUCAAGCCGAGGCACAACUCUUAGCGAUUCUGCACCACGGAAAUUUGGUCUCCCUAUUUGGAUAUUGCGAUGAUUCCAAACACAAGGCAUUAGUAUAUGAAUACAUGGCUAAUGGAAAUUUAAGGCAAAAUUUAUCAGAGGACCAUCCGAAGGUCUUGACAUGGAGUAAGAGACUACAAAUAGCCGUGGAUGCAGCACAAGGUUUGGAUUAUUUACAUAAUGGUUGCAAGCCACCCAUUAUCCAUAGAGACUUGAAGACUUCAAACAUCUUAUUGAGUGAAGACUUCCGAGCCAAAAUAGCUGAUUUUGGCCUGUCAAGAGCUUUUGCAUCUGAAGAUGACUCUCAUGUGUCAACUCGUCUUGCCGGCACCAUUGGCUACCUCAGCCCCGAGUAA